UACUACUACUACUACUACUACUACUACUCAUAGGAACCAUGUCACAUUCACUCCAGACCCCAUCGCUUGCUCAUUUCAAGCUGCCUGUCAUUGAGAAUGAGCCUAUGAAAAACUACGAGCCUGGCUCUGUUGAGCGUCAAAAACUCAAGGAAGCACUGGAGGCCAUGCGUGCAGAGGGACCCUUGGAAGUGCCUGUCGUCAUCAACGGCGAAAAGAUCUUUACCGGCAAGACAUCCCAGCAGUUCAAUCCAUCUGAACAUAGCAAGGCAGUAUGCACGUUCCAUGAAGCAGAUUCUUCAUUGAUCAAAAAGGCUAUCGAGGGUGCGCUGACUGCCAAAGCGCAAUGGGAGGCUCUUCCUUUCAAUGACCGUGUUGCCGUCUUUCUCAAGGCAGCCGACUUGCUCUCAAGCAAAUACAGAUACAAGAUGAUGGCCGCCACCAUGUUGGGACAGGGCAAGAACAUCUGGCAAGCCGAAAUCGACGCUGCCGCUGAGCUGUGCGACUUUUGGCGCUUCAACUGCAAGUACGCGGAAGAAAUGUACACUCUGCAGCCACCCAAGAACUCGUUUGGCACAUGGAACCGCACCGAGUACCGCGCACUGGAUGGCUUUGUGCUGGCCGUGUCGCCAUUCAACUUUACUGCCAUCGGUGGCAACCUGCCUAGUGCGCCUGCAUUGAUGGGCAACGUCGUGCUUUGGAAGCCAUCACCCUCCGCUGUCCUCUCCAACUACCUCGUGUACGAGCUCAUGGUCGAGGCUGGCCUGCCGCCAGGUGUCAUCCAAUUCGUCCCUGGCCCGGCUGAAGAAGUCUGCGCCGCCGCCAUCGGCCACCCUGAAUUCUCCUCCUUGCACUACACUGGCUCAACGGCUGUAUUCCGCAAGCUGUGGAAGGACAUUGGUAACAACAUUGACAACUACACCAGCUACCCACGCAUUGUCGGUGAGACCGGUGGCAAGAACUAUCACAUCUUGCAUCCAUCCCUGGACGAAGCAGGCGUGCGUCAUGCUGCUUUGCAAACCAUCCGCGGUGCCUUUGAAUUCCAGGGUCAAAAGUGCUCUGCAUGCAGCCGUGCCUACGUCCCUCAAAGCCAGUUUGCCAACUACCGCAAGUAUCUGUUGGAGGAACACGCCAAGAUCAAGCAGGGUGCGCCCUAUGAUUUCACAAACUUCAUGGGCCCUGUCAUCAACAAGUUUGGCUUUGACAAGAUCAAAGGAUUCAUCAACCACGCUGCGUCCGACGAUGAUUGCCAGAUCUUGGCUGGUGGCAAGUGUGAUGAUUCUGUGGGUUACUUUAUUGAGCCCACGAUUAUCGUGUCCAAGAACGCCAUGGCCAAGACAUUGGUCGAGGAAAUCUUUGGCCCUGUCGUCACCAUCUACGUCUAUGACGAUAACAAGUUUGAAGAGACAUGCAAGCUCAUUAAAGACACGACCCAGUAUGGCUUGACCGGUGCUAUCUUUGCAAAGGACCGUGAGUCGAUCGUCAAGGGAAGCAACCUCUUGCGCAGCACCGCGGGUAACUUUUACAUCAAUGACAAGUGUACGGGUGCAGUGGUGGGUCAGCAGCCCUUUGGUGGUGGUCGUGGUUCGGGUACAAACGACAAGGCAGGCAGUUGGUCGUUGCUGGUGCGGUUCGUGUCAACACGUAGUAUCAAGGAGAACUUUGUGCCUAUCGAUGACUUCAUCUACCCAUCCAACUUGAUGUAAUAGACUGGCCUUUGUGCAUUAGUGUUCUUUUCUUUCUUUCCAUCUACUACACAUAACUUUAAACUUUUCCCCCUUUCCAUGUCACGACUCUAAAAAACAUAUCUCAACCACAUUUGAAAAUAAAAAAGAGUGAAUUGUGUCUUUCUCCAAUCUCACUUGCGCUACUCUAACGUAAAUAGAGUAAGGGUCGUCAGUCG